CUGCGGAGAAAGGCGCGCAUUUGCUUCUCGUUUCCGUUGACCAUCAUCACCAAGAUCACCAAGGUCGGACCCAUCACUACUGAGGCUGGUAACUAUCGUGGCCUCCAGGUCGUGCUCAAGGACUUCCGCACCUACUACUUCUGCUCCAUUCCCUUCACCUCCAUCCGGAAACCCAAGAUGGAUACCUUCUUUCAGGUGCUUGAGGAUCACACCUUCCCGACUCGCUUGAGCGAUUUCUUCGCCUUCGCCCAUCGAAGCGCGCUGGCGGCCGAAGCCGAGUGUCCCAAGGUCAAUGCCCGCACGCCACACUACAGCCGAGCCGUGCGCAAGGCCAUCGCAGAGCCGCAUCUGGCCUCGUGGAAGGCCGAGUCGCCGCUGAUCCACUUCAGCGAUGGAUUUGCCUCGGCCGACAGCGGCGAUUCAUUCCCCACACGCCGCUUCCCGCGCGUGGGGCGUGCCCGACAGCCGCUCUCGCGAAGCGAGCGGGAGCGACUCAUCAACGAACAAGCCGCCCGAUCCGGGGACGCCAGCCCAACAACCGACGGCCAGCAGAACAUCGACCACGAAAGCGGAUCAAGCGCAAGUGCAGCACAAGGUGCAGAUGGGAGCACAUUGGGCCACGUCGAAGAGCUGGGCCAGCUGAAAAGCGAGCUCUUUGGCAUGGCGUCCCAAUCACCCGUCGCAGCUCCGCUCUUCGCGAAGGAGGUCGAAGCCAGGUGGGCCGCCACUAAGCCGCCAAGUGCUUCGCCGGAGCCGAAGGAUAGGGACAAACUGCUAAGCUCGCCCUUCCUGUCAUCGCGCACCAUCGCACAGAACGGGUGGGAGCUCUACUUGCCCAUGGACGACUACGGCCGGCUAGAGCUGGACGUAUCGCCCUGGCGCAUCUCGCCCAUCAACUGGGACUACAGCCUGUGCGAGACCUAUCCCCGCCUACUGGUGGUGCCGGCCUCGGUAAGUGACGAGGACAUCAAGCAGGUUAAGCAGUUCCGCAGCAAGGGCAGAAUUCCUGUGCCGACGUGGCGCCACAAGGAGAGCGGGUCCAUUAUCGUGCGGUGCAGCCAACCUAAAACCGGUCUGUUGAGCGACCGCUCCGAGCAGGAUGAGAAGCUGGUAUCAUCCAUCAGGCAGGCCUGCGGCACCAAAUGCACGGUGUACCUCAUCGACGCCCGACCGAGGGUAAACGCAGUCAUGAAUACUCUUACUGGUGCCGGGGUGGAGAACGCGGCGGUGUACAACAUUCACCACGACAAUCGGAUAUUCUUGGGCAUCCCGAACAUCCACGUCGUGCGGGACAGCGGCUCGCGGCUUACCAAGAUCAUCGACGUGUGGAACCUCACCACGACGCUCAAUGAUAUGACAGGAGCCGACGGCGUCACAGGGUCCCACGAUCCCAUUCAAACGUCGGGUGCGGACAGCAGCGAACGCCUGGCGCAGAAGCAGACCGAGCUGCGGUUGCUCGACAAAGGUGUUGGACACGGGCGACGGCUGGACCGCACGCCGCAGCUGGUCGCGCUGGCCCAGCUGCUCCUCGACCCGCAUUACCGCACGAUUCACGGCUACGAGAUCUUGAUCGAGAAGGAGUUCCUCAGCUUCGGCCACAGGUUCCAGGAUCGCUGUGGCCACCACGGCAAGAAAGAGAAGGACCAACGAUCGCCGAUCUUUCAUCAGUUUUUGGAAUGCACGUGGCAGCUGCUCCAGCAGUUCCCUUCGGCAUUCGAGUUCAACGAACUCUUCCUGGAGACCGUGCUGGAGCACGUCUACUCCUGCCGCUUCGGCACUUUCUUCAUGAACUCGGCCAAGGAGCGGGCAGACAGCCAGCUGGCCGAGAGGACUUGCUCCCUGUGGACGACCAUCAACGGGUUCGGCAGCGACGGCGAAGACGUGGGUGUUUUUAGCCCUGAGGACGUGGAGACACCGGCGGGCGCGGCGGCCGACGCUGCGUCGCUCGUGCGGGUCAGCUCCACCGAGAAACCCGCAGCGCCGUCGACGCCCAAAGCCAGCCAGAGCCAGAGCAGUGACGACGAUGAGAGGGAGGAGGUCGUCGCGAAGGGCGAGGAGAGCGUGGACUGGGAUGCCGUGAUGCGACGCAGACGCAAGUACGUCAACCCGCGCUACAUCCACGGGCGGCACCACCACCUGAUGCCGGUGGUCAACCUCUGCCAGCGCGACCCGUCGCUCAGCGCAGCCGCCACCACGUCGCCGCCACCACCGGCCAAUGCGGCGCGCAAGCUCUCGGGCACGGCAGCGGCGGAGCUCAGGCGACGCAACAGCGCGCCCGACCCGCAGGACGGCGCCAUGGCCGCCGGGACCGAGCACGAAGGUCGUGCAGGUCCCCGGCGCAAGUCGUCGGCCUCGAAGCCCUCCCCGCGCUCGCCCAGGAGUCCGCUGGGCUUUGCCAGCACCGUGUCGGGCGACAUCCACGCCGGAGGCCCGCUCAGCGACAAUGGCAGCGACGACGACGAACUCCUCAGCGACCCCGAUCUCGACGACGAGUUCGAGGUGGUCGACCAUGCCGCCUCCGAAGAGGAGCAGGCGGCCACCGCAGCAGCUGCGGCCGCAGCGGCGAGGGACAAGGGCGCUAAGGGCGGCGGCGGGCUGGCGGGCCUGGGGCGCGAAGACGUGGAGGACAUGCUCGAGUACCUGGGGAACAAGUGGCGCCGCGCCGGCAUCGGACUCUACCACGCCGCGAUCGACCGCACCCGCGGGCCGGGGCCGGAGGUGGGCUCGAUCCGAUUCUGGGCCGCCCUCUACCUGCGGUGGCGCCGCGGCGACGUGCUCUUCCCCACCACGCUGCCGGCCGGCUUCCUCUCGCCGGCGUCGAUGCCAGCGUCGCCGGCCCUCCCCGACGCCCCGGCGACGAUGGUGGUGGCAGCGGCCGCGGCGGCGCCGACCACAGCCGUCACGACGACCAUCGCCCAGAGCCGCUCGCCGCCAGCGUCGCCCAAGCGACUGCGCCGAUCGGCGUCGAGCGCGCCCGCCCUGUCGGCCGGCCGGUACUCGGCGCCCGUGGCUGCGUCCCCGCACGAAGUGCCCGACUCGCUGGCCUCCACCCUGUCCGGCGGACCGACCGUUCACGCCCGCAAGACCAACUCGGGCGAGCUGUCGCUGCACACGCGCGUGCAACUGGGAGAGCUCAAGCGGGCGGCGACCAAGACGAAGGCCGACGCUGCGCUCUUCUCCCUUUCACGAUCAUCCCGCGCCGAUUGA